AUGGCGUCAAUGAUGAGGAAGGUUGCCAUGAGCAACAUGCUCGUUCUUGUGGGAUUGACAAGAAGAACUAGUUCGAGAAGUCUGACCACCGGCAAGAACUUGGCCAAGAAAGCCCGUAAUGAACUACCGCCAGAGGGGGAGGUCACAAAAUCUGUGUUCAUGUCUCAAUCAACAGACAUCUAUACCAAUUUGGCUCUGGAAGACUGGAUGUACCGGAACAUGGAUUUCAGUAACCAUCAUGUGAUGAUGGUGUGGAGAAAUGAGCCAUGUGUUGUCAUAGGCAGACACCAGAAUCCUUGGCUCGAAGCCAAUGUGCCGUUCCUGUCUGAUAAGGAGAUAGCGUUGGCACGGCGCCACAGUGGUGGAGGCACUGUAUACCAUGACCGUGGAAACCUCAACAUCACUUUCUUCACACCCAAAGAGAGAUACAAUCGCAAGUACAAUUUGGAGCUGAUUAAGAGAGCUCUGUACAGAGGCUUUGGGAUCAAAUCAGUCAUAAAUGAUCGUGACGACAUCAUCGUACAAGACAAAUAUAAAAUAUCUGGAACGGCUGCUAAAUUAGGACGCUUGACUGGAUAUCAUCACUGCACACUUCUAGUCAAUGCCAACAAGGCAGAUCUCAGCAAAGCACUUGCUAAAAGAGAGCAUGGCAUACAGACGAAUGCGACGGUGUCGACGCCCUCUCCUGUGGUGAAUCUGGCCGACAUGGACAACAAGGUGACGGUGGAGGCGCUGCAGACGGCGAUCGGAUACGAGUACCUGAGGACGCCGGCGCUGCGGCUGGACGACGGCGGCGAGCGCCAGAUCUUGAAACAGAGGGGCUUCCAGUUCGUCAACCCCACUGACGAUUGGUUUCCAGGUCUAUCUGAGUUGAAGAAUGAGCUAGGAUCUUGGGACUGGUCAUUCGGUAAGACACCCGAAUUCACUGUGAGUCGAUCGUUCCCCGUCCCCGCAGAGCUUCUUGCACCGUCCAAAGUCUACUCAGCCGCUCAGGAGCUGGUCAUCACCAUGACAGUGGGGAAGGGCCUCAUAGAUGACGUCACUCUAAACAUUCCUCCCGGUUUAGUGGAAUCCGGAUUCCACGGGGAGGCGUCAGUUAUAACUCAUCUUAAAGGGAAGAGGUUCACUUCUGAAGCGCUUGAAGCGCUGGAGGAUGCCAUGUUGACUCGCCGCGGUGAUGUCAAAAAGCUGGACGACAAAGAACAGUUUGUCGCUAAGUGUUUCGAUCAAGUCGUCAACACUAUUUAGUUUCACACUGGACAUCCAUUAAUUACGUUAUUCAGGAGUUUCCUAGUGAUGAAAAAAGUCUAUAGUUCAUUUUAUGUUAUUUUCGAUAUAAUUAAUUGGGUUACGAGUACCUUUGUACCUUUGUAGUGGGAUAUUCUUUCUAAUCUAACAAUGCAGCGGAAAAAAAGAAAAUUACUGUUUAUCCCAUUGUAUAUUUGGAAACUUGUAACAUAUUUUAGGAUUCUCGUAAUUAUUGGAUGGUUCCUCUAAAUCCAAUGGGUGCUAUGUCUUGUUUACUGUAAAUAUUAUUAUCAUUUUAUAAUUAGAUACGUUGUUUGUCCAGUGGUUGUAAAUUUUAUCUCAUAUAGUGUACGAUAUUACGAUAUAAAUGGUUCAAAGGUGAAAUGGACGUUUGUAAAUACUUCGUUAUUUUGAUAUAUGUAUUGUUUGUGUAUAGGAGUUUUAGAUAUUUUUGGAUUGUAGAAAGUAAGAAAUGUAUAUUUAAAAAAGAAAAGAAAAGAAAGAAUUGUAUAUUUAAUAAAAAAAAUUAUGUUACAAUGAAUAUUUUAGAACAAUUCUUAAAGGGGAAAGCACCGUUAUUUAGGUACAAAAAAUAUUUUACUUCUUUCAGCGAGUUUUGUCUAUUGUUUAUAAUAAUAAUUAUCUAACAGUUAAACAUAUGGUUUUGCUUCGUUAUUAUGUGUUCUUUUAGUUUAGAUUUUUGAUUUAAUUAUGAUCGGGACGCGUAACGCGGUGUUGCGUUAAUGCUGUGAAUUUGUGAUGUUUUAAUUAACAGAAUUGACACAUUCGCGGGGUCGCCAAUUGACGCAACAUUGCGUCGCGCGUUUCUGACUAUAUUUCUACAGGGCAAAGACGUUGAGACAAAGCAACAAGGCACAAAUGUUGCCUGAUUUGAGUACCUAUAAUUAAUACAAAAAUAUGAGAAUUAGUUUGAGUGCUUUUAUUUAAUAAAAUGUACAUUUUAAAAUAUUUUUAUGGAAUUUGGCAUAGGUCACAAAGCAUUAUUUGCGGGGCGCUGAAAGUUUGUAAUACUAAUAUUUAUGAACAUCUUUUACAAUCUGUUUUAUAAACACCAUAAUACCGAUAAGACCGUUGUAAUCAUUUUUAAAUUGAUCUAAAAUUACUUUGUUUUAAAUCGGAUAAUACCUGUCUUUUAAAAAAAAUGCGAUAUAUUUUUUUUAAUCAUGACCAAAUUUCUCCUAAUCCCCUCGCAAGUCUGGAAAGACCAUACGACAAUAGUCCAGCGGGGCGAGGCUCGAACAACCACCCCUCGGUAAUGGGCCGACCGCUUUACCGUUGAGCUAUUGCUAUCCAGAAUCUAUUAUAGGACGAUUUUGAAAUGUGUAUAAAAUGGAAAUUGACAACUUAAAGGUUACAUGUAUAAUUCGUAAUUAUUGUUCUGCCUUAAGCUUUGCUUCACUACUUUGCUCGGAGAGAAAUAGCGAUAACUAAAGCGAGUCGCACGUUUGUGUCGAACGCUACAAGAAUGCAUCAUAUCAUUUGUUUUAAUUUAAUUUUUUAAUUUACUUACCGAAUUAAUUGUAUCUACCCAUAUAGUUUUACUUAUAAAACAUAUUACGUAGAUUGUAUGUUGUAACGAUUUUAUGUUUAUACUCCUAUUAACCUAGACCAUUUCAUCAUUCAUCCGAAUUUGUAACAACUGCCCCCAAACGGGUCCUUUUUUGUAUGGAAUGGACAUAAGGCACGCAUAGAUUUAUUUAUACUUAAGUAGCUCUUUUGUGUUAAAAUGUUAUUUUCUAUAAGUUACUGAUAUAUUGCUUUUGAUAUUGCAACCGAUAUUAUUUGCUAUGUACAUACUAACAUCAACAUCUCACUCUUUAUUAAUCCGUAUUGAAAUAAAGCUUUAAAAUAUA